CACUUACCCCAGACCUGUUCGACACUUAAUCAUGAGACAUUCGACGGCAUUUGUGGUUCUCGCGCUCUGUGCUUUGGCUCUGACCGAGGCAGCGGUUUACAUUGGCGGCGGCUGUUAUGACUGUAACCCGCCCGGUGGCCAAGGUCCCGGCAUCUAUACAGGCGGCGGUGGAGGAAACAGCGGAGGCCGUGCACCCAAUAACUAUUAUAAUCAAGGAGGCGGCCGAGGCGGUGGCAGCUCUGCAGGCGGCAGUGGUCGUCCAGUUUACUCCGGAAACUUUGGUCCAAAUGGAUAUAGCGGUGGCGGUCGAGGCGGUGGUGGGGGCUAUAGCAAUGGUGGUGGUGGCGGUUAUGACGAUGGCGGUCUGACGCAGGUUAUACGAUAUGAUUAAUGCUGUCGCAAUUUGGUUUAGCUCUCAGCCGCAAAGCAGCAGAGGCUGGCUAGCUGGCGGGCUUAUAGUUAGUUAAGUAAUUUUAGCUAAACUAAAAAAAGUGAUUCUUACAAUUGUACAUAUAACAGAUGUUUCUUAUGUUAAGUUCCGAUGCGAUUUAUUGGCUAAUGAAAUUUGUUUUCAAUUUUUA